UCAUGCACAACACUUUACCACUUCAAAGUUUCCUAUGGAUGACCGACACAUGGAAACAUCGAGAGGAGGCAGUCUCUACGAGACUCAUUGCCUCCUUAUAUCACUAAGGAGUCAGGACAAUAUUUUAGAGAUGUCAGAUACAGGUAAACUGAGUAAUGCUGGUAACCAGGGCCUUGAACAGUUUCUACUAUUGGCCAAAGGUACCAAAGCUGGUGCGAUGACCGCCCUAAUAAUGCAAGUUGUUGAAGCACCAGGGAUUUAUGUGUUUGGAGAGCUCCUGGAAAUGCCAAAUGUUCAAGAGUUGGCAGAGGGACCUCACAAGAAGUGGCACAACCUUUUAAACCUGUUUGCUUAUGGAACAUAUCAAGACUACAAAGCUGAUCCCAGUAACUUCCCAGAACUCUCAAAGCCAGCCGUUUCAAAACUGCGACACCUAACGAUAGUUUCCAUAGCAGCAAAGUGCAAACGUAUUCCUUACACUCUUCUGCAAACUGAACUUGAUGUGAAUAAUUUAAGAGAAUUAGAAGAUUUAUUUAUUGAAACAAUAUAUGCCGGUGUAAUAGAAGGAAAAUUAGACCAAAAGAACCAGCAAUUGGAGGUAGACUACGCCAUAGGUAGGGACAUUAGGCAAGAGGCCAUCGUAGACAUUGUCAACACACUUCAGCAAUGGUGUGAUGGAUGCGAGACUGUUUUAAGUAAUAUUGAAGAGCAGAUUUUAAGAGCCAACAAAAAUAAAGAAAGUUGCAUCAAGAAACGACAACAAAUAGAAUCAGAGGUAAUUGAUAUCAAGAAGGCCAUUAAGGCAUCAUCUCAAGACAUAGAUGACCAACACAUGUCCACUGAUACAAGAGAAGCUGACAUACAGCCCUCCAAACCCACCAAAAAACCAUCCAAGAUCAGAGGAUUACGAGGCAGUGGAAAAUUCUGGAACAAAUGAGACCUAGGAUUAUACAUCAACAUGGAAACAUAAUUAAUAGACGAAGAAUGGGUCAUUCCAUUUAAAUACAUCAUAAUUGUAUCCUUGGUAUGGAUAUACGAAAAUUACAGUAAUUUUAUUUCGUUAUUAAUUAUUAUUCGUUAUUUAUUUAUUUAAUUAAUAUUUGAUUUUAUUUAGUCAGUCUUUGCGAGGUUGGAAAACAGCAAGUUUGCAUGGCACAAUUGUUUUUUGGGGGUUUUUUUUGGUUUUUUUUUUUCAAAGCCAAGAACAGUUUCUUAAAGUACAUGCCAAAAUAUAUUUUUUUAAACUUGUGCGCAACACUAUGCAAAACAAAUUCGGUUUUUUAUUACAAUUUUUAUUUAGUUUUAACCCUAGUGGCCCAGGACUCGACAGAGAUCUAGGGCCAUGUAGGACUGCAAGAUUGAGUGACUGGAUGUAAUUGGGUCUCUGAGGCUGAAGUUCCUAGAACCUACAGCUUGGUGGGUCUAAUUUAAGUUAUUAUAGACUAUGCUGUAGUCAUGUAAAAUGAUACAUGUAUGUGCUCCAGUGUGAUUGAUUUGUAGGGCUAAAGAUAGGGAAUUUAAAUGUCAUGUAUUUAAAAAUUUGCCUAAAAUACAUGACAUUUUUACACAGAUAGUAAUCAGUGCAUUGGUGUUUUAACAUAGAUACCCACCUAUACGUCCAAGUGUUAAGAGCUUACAGAGGGCUCUGCUCAGGGUGGUGCCAGCGGGAUUGCCAAAUGGGCCCAGCUGUCAGGGACACUUAGCCCAGCCAUUGGGGUGUCAAGGUAAAAUCUGUUAGAAGAAAAUUAAUUAAAAUCAUUUACUAAGCCAGGGACAGCUGACCUAAGAGUGCUAUUUCUAUGUAUCUAGAGGUGCCUAUUAACAUUUGCUCACCUAAGACCUACUGUAACAACGGUGGGGCUGAGGUGGGUGUGAAUCCCCUGGCACUGCCACAGUUUUUGCUGCUUUGCCUAGAUUUAUAAAAAUGUGUUAUAAUGAACAAUUAUAUAGCAGAAGAGAGUGUGUUUUAAUGUUGUCUAAACAAAGUCAAAGUAAGAUUUUAGUAAUUUUAAAGCUUUGUCCACACUAUCAAAUUUUAUGUAACAAAUACAUGUGAUACGCCCAUAUUUGGCCGUAGUAUGACAUCAUCAUGCACUUAUAUGGGCACAUCACACAAAUUUGUCAAAUAUUAUAGUGUGGACAGAUCUUUAAUUGGAUGAGUUUAGUACUACCUAUAAUACUUAUAAUUCUGUUUGACACAGUCUUUAAAGAUAUACUCUGCAUUUCAUCAUUUUUUGAGGAAUUGAGCACACUCUAUAUUUGUAAUGUUGAGUUAAAUAAAAUAAUAAUAUAGGAGGUAUUGAAUGCAUUUGUAUCAAAUGAGGCGCUAUUCAGAUAUAGAUGAAAUACGCUUUUUUUUUCUUGACAGAGAAGUGCCUCUAUCAGUGAUAUGAAAUUUAUAAUGAUAAUGAGAAUAAUAAACAUUUGUUUUGUGCCAGCACCAAUUCAUAGAUGAUAAAUAAAAAUAGUUUGUAUUCUGUGAGAGAGGUAUUUAUGCUUUUCCCCCCCUAUUACAAUAAAUGGUAUUGUAUAAUAAAAUUUGUUUACAAUAAUAAUCAGCUUUUGGAGUUGUAUGAUAGCUGUAUCGUAAUAAAAAGAAAUAAACAGA